GAACUAGAAUCGUCGAUAGCCCGUAGCAGAAGGCAAGGCAGCAGAAGCAGACUUCGCUGCUACAAUGCAUGUUGCGAAAAAACGACCUUUGUGUGUGCCUUAAGUCCAUUGGCAGCUAUUUACAUACAAUAUACAUGUAGACUUUCACUCACCUGAAUCCAUGUUGAUUCAGAAAGUCCUCAACAGAUCCUCGGCGACGUUUCACGCAGUAGGUUAAUUUGAUCAGCUAAGAUGGUUGCAGGACUUGGAAUUGCUUUAGAUGAUCUCCUGUACGGUGGACUCCUGGCUGUGGGUAUUCUUUUUGGCUGGUGUUUUCGCCGUAUCAAAAAUCCCGUCAAGAAGAAAUGGGUGUCAACAACCGUUGGAGUAUUGCUAGUGUUGGCUGUGUCAGGAUCACAUAUACUAAGACCUCUCAUUGUGACGACUGUCAAUGCUUUCUUCAUAACUAUUUUAGGGAAAAAGUUCAGUCACAUUUUAAGCUUUAUUUUUACAUUUGGCUUUUUGACUUUCUUCCGUGUAUCGGACUACUUUGGUGCGCCGUAUGCUCCUGGACCAGUGAACCUCAUUAAUAUGGUCUUAACCAUGAGAAUGGUAGGACUAGCAUUUGAGUCACGAGACAGUUGGCUAGCCCAUAAAACUGAAAGCAAAAUGGCUACAUCAGGUGCAAAACUGUCUGAAAUGGAGGAAAAGGAGCCAUUAGAUGUUCAUCCAGGUUUCAUGGAUGUCUACCAUUAUGCUUUUUGCUAUGUGGGAGUGCUUACAGGUCCCUAUUUCCGGUACACUACGUAUAGGGAUAUGAUAAACACACCCUUUGCCAGGUUUGCACCUUGUUGGGAUGCAACAAAAUCAAGACUUCUUCUCCUUCCUUUCACUGUUAUUGCCUUUGUAAUUGUCAAUAGUCUUUAUCCAAACAAGAUGGCCCUCACCGAUGAGUUUUACUCAAACCAUUCUGUAUUGUAUCGCAUUAUCUUUUUAAGUAUUGCAUUCUUUAAUUUCCGUAUGCGAAUCUACACUGGUGUUAUGCUCUCUGAAUGUGUAUGCACAAUGGCAGGAUUGGGAGCGUACCCAGACUGGUGCAAACCUCGCUAUGGAAUGGGUCCUACUUGUCGUUGGCAAGAAGUUGCAAGAUUAGGGAGGAGUCCUGUUCAAGCAAUAAGAGAGAAGUACAAUUUUGAAACUGUGCACAGUGUUAUCAUUUCAAAGUGUGAAUUUGAGCCUACUGUUCGUCAGGCUAUGAAGAGUUGGAAUAUGACUAUCCAAUAUUGGUUGGCAGCAUAUGUGUAUAAAAGACUCCCUAUAAAGUCCCUGAGGACCGUUGCAACUAUGUUCAUGUCAGCAUUUUGGCAUGGAGCUCAUGCUGGAUAUUAUUUAUGCAUCAUGUCUGUUCCUCCUCAUCUUGUGGUUGAAGAUUUGUAUGUAAAACUCUACAUGAAUAAUGCAGGACCAAAGUUACGACGGUUUAUGAAUUUCAUGAUGUGGUUCAUGCGUUUACAAGGAUUUGGAUAUAUGAGUAUCACAUUCCAGUUACUCACAAUUGACGCAGCUUUACGCUACUGGGGCUCCAUUUAUUACUGUUACCAUUGGGUCCUGGCAGCUCUUUACAUUACUGGGCUGGUUAUUCAGUUUCGUCGACCAAAGAACGUUACUCCAACAGUAACAGUUCAACAUGAUUUCCAUGCUAUUGAUCCACCCAAAGUAAAUAAAACUGAAUGAAGAAGGGGGAAUCAACUUGAUCCAUUGUGGCACAACUCUUCUGCGCCAUCGACUCCAGUUCUGGAUCCUGCACGACGAGGCGCAAUAAGAAGCAGUCUGCAUUCAAGUCUUCAUCAUCGAAUUAACAGUGAAUAUCACAUCAGAGACAGCUGGCUAUAACUGGUGUUUGGAAGCUCAUAAAUGGACAAGAAAUAAUGCAGUUCCAAUACUGACUAAGGAGUACAUGUACAUUCAAUAAGCGACCUUGAACUUCAGCACUUCUACGUCUUUUUAAGAAAUAGAGAUCAUAUUGAAUCAGGUGUAAAAGAAUUAUUUCCUUUAAAAUUGGAACUUUCUUCUGUCUGACUAAGUAUUCAGUGAAAUUUUAAGUCUCCUUCAUGUGAUAUUGUGGACUUUUCAGUUAUCUGCAUUAUUUCUUGUUUAAAGGACAAUUCAGAAUGUCCAUUGGGUAUUUAUUUGGUUGUCUUCCAGCAUGGGUUCCUUGACCAUAAAUUAUUUAAGCCAAUUGCCGACUGAAACAAGAUAACUGUACUUACAGUUAAUUGCUCUUUAAAAGCCAUCAUAACUAUGUGAAAUGGAUGACAAGUGAAAGGAAAGUGAAAGCUGUUUGAUUUGCAUGGCAAUUUGUGUUAGCUCCUCCCUCAGGACCUCCAUGGUUUAUCUCAAGAUAAAAGAUUGCUACAUGAAUUUUUGCUUUUGAAAGGAGAAAUUGUCUAAGUUAAUGUUUGCAUUUGCACUGAGGUCCUUGUGUGCAAUAACUAAUAUUUACAUGAGGAUGGAGGGAGGUGUUGCCCAAAAUUGCCAAUAUUGAUGAUGGAUGCUCUAGAAUCUUUGUGCCACAAAGGGUUAAGUUGUUUCCCCAUAAAUCAUUGUUUGAAUCUCAGAUAAACCAAAUCUGAAAUGAAUUUUGGUCUGUCCAAGAAGGUUAUUUAAAUUGUUAUUCCUUAAGAAGCAAUACUUUUGCCACUCAAUUUGUUUAUGUAUAUCUGUAAUGAUUCAAAAACAAAAUGGAUGACAUCAGCAUUUGCUUUCUGUGGUAUGAUCAAUAUUUUGAAGGUUUGGUUUAUCCAUUUCAUAGAAUCAAAAUUAAUUUAAUUUGAGAUUUGUUUAUGAUGCUGUAUCAACAGGGUGUUCAGCAAUUAGUUCAUUGCCAUGGGUUAGGGCGAUAUUUUCAGUAGGAAAACUACUACCUAGCUGUUGCAGAUGGUAUAAACAAGUUCAAGUUCAUGUACUUGUUGUACUGGCUUAAAAUGUAGAUUUUUCCCUUCUCAAUUCAAAUUGCAUUGUGGUGUGCAAACCCGUCACAACCAUUUAGCUUUGUUCUUAUUCUUUUACCCCUAAUUUUGCACUUUGUGUAAAUUUUACUGUUAGCAUUUUUACAACUUUUAUUACGAUGCAUAAUGCCCUAGGUGUACUUCGGUCUGAAACAAGCCUAAAAUUUUUGUAACUUUACACCCUUUUCAGUCUUGACUAUAGGAAAAUAUUUUAAAAUUUUGUGAAAUUAUGCUCACUAAACAAUAAAGUAGCUGGACACCCUUUUUAAGAUCUUUUGUAGAAUAUUUCGUAAAAAUUCAACACUUGCUUGCAGCAUUUGGCACAGUUCUUUAAGAGGUGCUUGGUAGUGGUGACAGGUUAAUGCAUAGUGUGAUGAGGUGGUUGAUUGAAGUGAGCCUUCGCCAGUCAGGAAAUUUUUGAGACUAUAGACUAUUCACUUUGGUAACUCUGAUGUGUAUUACGUUUUUCUUGUUUCAUAAAUUCAUAGCAAGACUUUGUAAAAUAAUCUCUUCUCCACUUUAAGGAUUUGAUAUCUCUUGUCCUUUGGUACCAUUUUUACAAUUUAAACAUUAUUUUUUUUUAGUUUUAAUAUUUGCCAGUAACAUUGUGGAGGAGCUCAAAUUUGCCAUUAAUGGUGACAUUUAAUGAGUGUGAUCGUGGGGUCUACAAUCUAUCUCAAAACAGGUGCAAAUAUUUUUGAAGUGUCUCCAUCCUAGAAUACACAUGUUCUCUACAUUUUGGGACAAUGUUGUCGUGACGGUUUGUAAAUAUAUCCUAAACUAACUUCCACUGAUGGAAACUGUUAACAUUUUUAUUUUGUUUGUACUUUUUUAAAAUAUGUUAUGGCUGUGGACUGUAAUGAAGGUUAUUAAGUCUCCUUCUCAUUUUUUAUUAAAAUAUCUAGGGAAUAAUGAAUAAUAAUUGCUCAACAUGUAGCUUUGCAAUUGGCUUUACUGCUGGCCGUAGCUAAAUGUGAAAAAGAAAUCAAGUUACCCAAAAUUUUUGAAACAUUUUGGUCAUAUUUAAGUAUCUGGCUGGCCAUUCUACUCUAAGGCAUAGUUCAUUUGGUAUGUGAUGGAGUGUCAUUGAGGCACAACAGUACUUUGCACUCUAUAUGAUUGCAAGUGUAGUCAGAAAUAACAUUCCCUGCAUAUACAUACAUAUUGUGAUCAAGCUUAACUUUUGCCUGGAACUUUUCCAGUGUUUAAAUGUUUACUAAUUUGGGUUUUAGUCAUUGUAAGUGGUUGCACAAAAGUGUGUGGGAACUGUCAACUGUGACAGUGAAGGUGAAGGCAUCUAUAGAUAUGUAGUUUCAGCCUUUUAACUUUUAGAAGCACUUCAUAUUUUGGAUAACAAAGUCUUGCCUGUUUUCAUCGAUUUGGCUGCAUUCUUUUGAACAAAGCAAGUGGUGAGAAUACAUAGAAAUAACUGUUGGGAGCAAUAAUGUCUUCAACCAAAGGGGGUUGAGAUGAGUGAUAAUUUUGUGUUGAGAUGGACAAUGAAAUACUUUAUGUUCCAGCAUUUCUGCUAUCAGUGUCAGUGGAUAUAUUUCAAUGAGAAUGAAGAAAACUCAUAGACCUGAUAAUUAUGUGAUAGGUGUCAUGUAAGGAUGUAGGGAAACUAUCUGAUACGUUAUCCAAUUUUGCAGAUUCCUCAAAAAACUUUUUCAUGAAAAUCUGCACGUAUUCCUUAUAAGACGAUUCUCAUUAUGCAAGUACUUUUAACCAAAAAAAAUCCUUUUCUGGUGUGUUUUUUUUUAGUCAGUAUUAGCAAUAUAUGCAUUUUGAUGUGCCUACUUCCAAAAUUUGGCAAGGGUCCUGUAUAUUAAUAAUGCUUUAUAAUUUUGAGUGUGUCUUGUACUGUAAUAAAUGUCAUUAAGCAACAGA